AUGAGGUCGCUACAAAUUGUUCUGGCGUACAACAAGACUGACUGGACUUACGGAUGGAAUUAUAUGAUGGACGGGUUCUCCAUCUUUUACACGCCAAAAGGGGAACUUGUGCUGGACCCGAUGACGUCUGUUACAGUCAAUUCUCGGAUAGUACCGGUUUUGCUUCUCCAACAACAUCGAAAUAUCAAACUUGGCUCUCCAUACACAAUCUGCCACAACAUCUCGGACGAGCAUCUGAAAUACUUCAAGAGCUACACGAAGAAGAACUGCCACUUGGAAUGCCUCAUCGAUGCGAUCUUCGAGGAGUGCAAAUGUGGCCCUCCUUAUUUUCCAAUCAAAGAGGGAAUUCCCAUGUGCACCUUUUCGCAGCACGUAAAUUGUGUUUCCAAGCAGUUGAAGGACUUUGACUACGCAAACUGUGUGUGCCAAACUCAAUGCUCAGAGUUGUACUAUCAAAAGACGGUGUAUUACACGGAGAUUCACCAGAACUUCCGAAAUAAGACUGCGAAAAUGCUCAAGCGAUUUCCGGACAUUGAGCUCGCUUCUGCUAGAAUUUCCCUGCCAGAUCCUUACGAAUAUCAGCAUCAAGAAACAGCAGACUACGAUAUUUACAAGUAUCUAUCAGAUGUUGGCGGAGCCAUGAGCCUGGUACUAGGAGUUUCUUUCGUCUCAUUUCUCGAAAUGUGCGAGUGUCUGCUUGCAGGAACACGCUCAGGAUGGAAAAAUCGACGACGAAUAGCAAAGGCUACUCGUAGAAGUCUAACAACAAUUGGCCUCAUCAAACCAGCAUUGACCACGUUUCUCAAAACUACUGCCAUUCUGGGCUCGACUGAUGGCCUCAACGAUGAAGAAAUUGAGAAAAUAAAGAAUGAGAAUAAAAAUAAGGAGUCAUCCAAAUCGCCUGCUACAGUUAUAAGAAAUGAGCCAAAACCAUUCGAAAAAUUGGAAUCAGCUCCACCAAGUUCUUCUUAUCAAUCACAAGACUUUGAUCAACCUGAGCCGCUUCGAACCGAACGUCUUUCCUGUAUAUAUUACCGAAAUGUCUACCCAGAAGCGCACUCAGGAGGAAUGAUCAUCUCGAACAACUCCUCGAUCACGAUCAACAUCAACGAGAAUCGAAAUCCGCGCCCAACUCUUCGAAACAUCGGCCGCUACUUUCCCCUGGACCCAUUUAUCGAAUGGUUGGGUUACCGAAACGACGAGACCCUGAGCCGACGAGAAUUCAGUUUCACCCUCAAGGACGACGUUUACACUCGAUUCCGAAGCUUCACGAGCAAGGAAGAACUGCAUCAAGCGUUUAUCAAGACCAAACCAGAAAAGAUCGAUAUUGGAGCCAUCUACAAUUACAGCUGUAAACAUCGCUUGUCUCCGGAUUUCAAAGAAGAGCAACGAGAGCUCGUUUUCGAUAUUGAUAUUUCGGAUUACGACGAUGUGAGAACCUGCUGUCAGGAAGCGCGAAUCUGCAAGAAAUGUUGGCCCCUGAUGUCGAUUUGCGUCAAGGUCUUGGAGCAAACGAUGAAGAAGACUUUUGGCUACGACAAAUUACUCUUCGUGUUUUCGGGGCGAAGAGGAAUCCAUUGCUGGGUGUUUGACGAGGCAGCACGAAAGCUAAACGGGCCGGAGCGGUUUGCACUGGCUCACUAUUGCCAGGUCACGGCGCAACAGAUUGGCACUUCUCACAGACUCCACACACACAUCCAAAACUCGCUCAAGAUCACCGACGAGUACUGGGAUGCCUAUCUCGAAUCUCAAGAUUUGCUUGGUUCAGAAGAACAAGUCGACAAAAUCCUGAAAUACGUGAAAAUGGACGAGUCGGUAAGAGAUGAAUGGAAGGAACAUAUGCUCAGAUAUGGCAGCACGAUGGAGCGCUGGAGCGUUCUUGAGCAGAAGAAAAGAGAAGCGCAUACGAAAAAGUACAAAGACCGACUUUUCAUCGAGCGAAUCAAGCUGGCGGUGACCUACCCAAGGAUUGAUAUCAAAGUCACGGAGGGAUUCAAUCACUUGCUCAAGGCACCGUUUUCCGUCCAUCCGAAGACUGGAAAAGUUUGCGUCCCUUUCACUUCCAAAGAAGUGGACCAGUUCGAUCCAGAAGCUGUUCCGACCGUUUUCAGCCUCCGAAAAAACGAUGAAGAGCUCGUAAAAGUGAUCGAGAAGCAAGAAGGAGACUUGUCCAAGAAGUACUACCACGGAGAAAUGAAGCACUCCGUCAAAAUCUUCACCAAACUCCUCAACCGAGUUUUCAAAGAAUGA